AUGGCUGAGGUUCAGCUUCUCAUGAGAUUUUUCGCGUUUAAAAAAGCAGGUUUAAGUGGCGUCGGUGAGGGAAGGCGUGUCAAUAAAUUCAAAUUGGAGUCUGGUAUGACAGUCUAUUUGGAGCUUUUUAAACCAAGUAUUUUAAGCGACUAUGAGCCUUUGAAAUAUACCAAAAUUCAAAAAGAACUCAACAAUAAAACGACUAAAGAAUCUCAUGUGCAGUUCCUGGAGAAACUACUAUAA